UCCGCCGCAGAUCUCCCGUCCAGGAUGCACGUCACCCCUGACAACACGGGGGCUCUAGCACAUCAAACAGACCGACGAGGCAGCCAAGAAGGCUUCUGAACUGCUUCAGGAGGACAUGGAAGGUUUUCACUCCCACAGAAACAUCACGUCGUUUUUAAACCUCGAAGGUUUCCAUAAUCACAUCCCACACCACAUCCUAGCCCUCUACGGCACAGGCGCCCCGGCCCCAGCCCUCCAGGCCGCCUAUGCCCAUAACGAAGGCUACCAACGCCCUGCACUCCCUCCCCACACCACCAACCAAGCAGCAGCUCCGACAGUCGCCUUCUACCCCUGGCCAGCCGCCGCGAAGCCUUACCUCGGCAACGAAGAGUACUACCCGGAUCUCCUGCGCUUCUUCCAGUCCGAGAUCAAGGCCCUCGGCUCGUGGCAGGCGGCCGUGGGCCCCUAUCUCCUUUGCUCGUCCAAGAAUGAAGAAGACGACGACGAACUGCUGGUGCGCCUCUUCGCCGGCUUCCUGCACCCGCUCAUCCAGCUCAUGUACGGCGUCGAAUGGGGCCAGGAGGCCAUCGUCGCCGAGGCGCUGGCGCAGGCGGCUGUGCACAGCGGGGAUAUUGGUGGGUUUUUGAAGGAGGCGGAGAGGCGGGCUGUUACUACAACUACUUUAACUAAUAGUGGUAGCAGAGGUCCCUCCGUGAUGGAGUUGAUGGACGAGGCGAGGAGGAGCGAGCGGCUGAGGGCUGCUGCGCGGAACGAGGAUGCCAACAAGAUCCGCGAUGGGGUGCUUGUGCGCGCCAAGGAGGACAUGAUUGCGCUUGCGGCGAGGGUGCGGGUCAGGCCGGACGAGGUGGAGGAGAGGACGGCCGAGAUGUUCAACGCGGCGUUGUUUGUUGCGGCUGCUGCGGCGUUGGUGAAGGAAGGGAAGCAGCCCAAGUUUGACUUCUUUCUGAUGCACCAUGUAAAUGCGAGCUCCAUCUUCGUCACGCUCAACGCCCAGGACUGGAUCCCUGCUGAGACGAAGGCCCGGUUGCUGGAAUGGAAAAUUCGGAUGGAUCUGCUGCAGUAUGCUGCGCGUGGAGUGUCAGAGUUGUCGCAGGAGAAGCUUGCCGGUUACCAGCCGAAGAAGCCCGAUGUUGGGGGUUCACUUGCCGAGAUCAUUGCCCACCUGCAUACCUUCCCCGAUGACGGACAUGCCAUCAAGCUGGGCCGGGCGACGGUUGUGUGCCACAACAUCUGCAAAGCGUACGAACAGGAGGGUGGUGAAAACUGGCUCAAGGUAAAGGGGAACGAUACGUGGAAGAGAGUUUGCCAUUUGAUUGUAGACUCGGUUGAACCGCCGGGGCUACACUGGGUGCGCAGUUGUGGGUUUGACGAGGCUUGGAAGGAUGUCCCCAAUCUCUAGGCCGGGAGGCUGAACCUGGAUCAACAUGCUGAUGGAUGGAAGUGGACUCAAG